CCUUCUUUGUCAGAAGCUCGCAAUUGGGUAGGCGUGUUGCCAAGCUCCGGAUGCUGCUCAGCCAUUGGAGGCUGCCGGCCCGCCCCCGCCGGCUGGGUGAAGGUGAGAGUCUCCUCGGGUCGCCGUGGCCAGCCGGGACCGAGCUGCUCCAGGCGCGGGGUGAAAGCUCUGGGCAGAUACUUGCUCUCUCGCCAUGGCGCCUCCAUCAGUCUUUGCCGAGGUUCCUCAGAGCGAGCCGGUCCUGGUCUUUAAGCUUACUGCCGACUUCCGGGAGGAUCCGGAUCCCCGCAAGGUCAACCUGGGAGUGGGAGCGUAUCGCACAGAUGACUCCCAGCCCUGGGUUCUGCCAGUAGUGAGGAAGGUGGAGCAGAAGAUUGCUAACGACAGUAGCCUAAACCAUGAGUAUCUACCCAUCUUGGGCCUGGCAGAGUUCCGGACCUAUGCUUCUCGCUUAGUCCUUGGGGACAACAGCCCAGCUAUCAAGGAGAAGCGGGUAGGAGGUGUACAGUCUUUGGGGGGAACGGGUGCACUACGAAUUGGAGCUGAGUUCUUAGCACGAUGGUACAAUGGAACAAACAACAAGAACACACCCGUCUACGUAUCCUCACCAACCUGGGAAAAUCAUAAUGGUGUAUUUUCCGCCGCUGGUUUUAAAGAUAUUCGGACCUAUCACUACUGGGAUGCAGAGAAGAGAGGACUUGACCUCCAGGGUUUCCUGAAUGAUCUGGAGAAUGCUCCUGAGUUCUCCAUCUUUGUCCUCCAUGCCUGUGCACACAACCCAACCGGGACUGACCCCACCCCAGAGCAGUGGAAACAGAUUGCUUCUUGCAUGAAGCGGCGGUUUCUGUUCCCUUUCUUCGACUCAGCCUAUCAGGGCUUCGCGUCUGGAAACCUAGAGAAAGAUGCCUGGGCGGUUCGCUAUUUUGUGUCUGAAGGCUUUGAGCUCUUCUGUGCCCAGUCCUUCUCUAAGAACUUCGGGCUCUACAAUGAACGAGUGGGGAAUCUGACUGUGGUUGGAAAAGAAGCUGACGGCAUCCUGAGGGUCCUUUCCCAGAUGGAGAAGAUUGUGCGAGUUACUUGGUCCAAUCCCCCAGCCCAGGGAGCACGAAUCGUGGCUCUGACCCUAAGUAACCCUGAGCUCUUUGAGGAAUGGACAGGAAAUGUAAAGACAAUGGCUGACCGGAUUCUGACCAUGAGAUCCAAACUCAGGGAACAAUUAGAAGCCCUGAAGACCCCUGGAACCUGGAAUCACAUCACUGAGCAAAUUGGCAUGUUUAGUUUCACUGGAUUGAACCCCAAGCAGGUUGCAUACAUGGUCAAUGAAAAGCACAUCUAUCUGUUGCCAAGCGGUCGGAUCAACAUGUGUGGCUUAACCACCAAAAAUUUGGAUUAUGUGGCCACCUCCAUCCAUGAAGCAGUCACCAAAAUCCAGUGAAGAAACACCAUCCCGUCCAGCACCACCAAAGCAAUUCUGUCAUGUGUGUUUCCUGCCUGCACAAACCUAGAUGUACAUAUCAUGGAUUAGAGAUGACUGAAGGACUGGAAGUUUGGUCUGGUGAGGUGGCUUCUGUUUAAAUUGGUCCCACGUAAACAGAACAUCCCUUGAAAUGAAUUUGUGGCCUGAGAUUAGCGCCUUUUGGAGGCCAGAGCAAAUUAAGAUUUUUAUUUAAGAAUAAAAAGUACUUGGAUCAUGAGAUGUAGGUAUCUUGCCCCCCUUGCUAGAGGCAGGAGUGUGUGCAUGUGUGCUACACGUGGCUCGACUCUGUACAAAGUCCUGUCCCAAAGAUCAAGUUGUCUGAAGGAGCCAAAGUAUGAUUGUGGGAGUUGGUUAUGGGCAUUAAAACUCAUCAUCUCGACCCAGAGUUGUCUUUAUCUCCCUGCUCUUUCUGCAUGGUUGUGUCUCUAGUUCUAAACUUUAGUUCUUUAGGGUGACUGUGAUAAAUAUAUUUAAUCAUGACACAUACAUAUUUAAUUGAAAAAAAAUGUUUCACCAAACAGUGUACUCUUGUUAUGUGUAGUGCAUUUGGUAUUUUCUAGUCUGUUCUAUUGUGUUCUCCUUCACUAAGAAAAUAAAAUAAAAAUGCUAAUCAAGACCUAUGGAAUUGAUUUUGUGAUCCACUAAUGAGUUGUGAUCCACAGUUUAAAAUGAAUGCUUUAGAGGAAUUAACUAGUGUCUAUAGGAAAAAGUAAAAUGUAUUCUCACUAUAUAGCUCCCUUUAGUGAACUCACCAUAUAUGACUGUUGGUUUUAUGGGCUCGUCAUUCAGAGCCCACCCAUCAUCUUAUAUUACUUUAGAAAAUGGACUUCAUAGGAGGAGUAUCAUCACUCAGGGUGAUUCUGGAACUCCAGCCUCUCUCUUCCCAUUAUAGUCAGAGUUCUCUUAGUCUAUUGAAACAAUUAGGGCCACUUAAAUAUAGAUCACGAUUUCCAGAUGGUACAAGGGCAAAUGGCAGUUUUGUAUAAUAGAAUUUGAUGGGGUCUAAUCUUAUUAAAACAAGAGAGUUACAACUUGGAGUUUAGAAAUAUUUAGUUAAUUCUUGUUAUUUUAACAAGGUCUACUCCUUUCUAGGAUGCCUUUGUGUAAAAUCCUAGUCUUGAGAUGAUUGGGGUCUUAGAAUUCAAGUCUAUCCCCCACCCUCCCCAGUGAAAACAGUCUCAUCUUGCCCCUGAUGCAUCAUCUUCAACUGGGGGUUGUUGUUGGUGGAUUCUUUGAGUACUUGAUGAGGCCUCCAUCCCAUUCUGUUGUCUUAAUAAUAAAGAUGUUUUACUUUUGA